AUGUUCAAAGACGCGCCAUCACAGGAGCCUUCCCGCAGAGAGAAGCGCUCCUCCUGGCCCUGGAGGAUAGCAUGCCUCACCGUCGCGCUCUGGCUUCUCACGCGAUUCUCGAUCCCUCGCUGGAUCGCCGGCUCGCGAGGGCCCUGUCGACACCAUGAGACACCACACUCUUCCUUUGGCCAGUUCCCGGUCCCUGACGACCCGUUUUCGUUCCUCCCUUGCACAGGGAAGACUGCCUAUCCGCCAGUUGACGAUCCGAACCCAGCGCAGACCUGGGCGAAGCAGUUUGAUACGGAUCCGCGACACUGGCUCUGGGGGAGUCGUCAGUCGCCGGCACCGUCUACCAACGGCUCCGAUUCUUACUCUGGGCGCGGAAUUUUCCUCUGUGGCUAUCUUGAUGUCCCUCUUGACUAUACCAACGCCUCAGAGCCGCGUAUUGUCCGGCUUGCUGUGACCAAGUACCAGGUUUCGGGACUGGCGCGCGUCGGUGAUUCUGAUAACAACUUUCCAUCCGCGGGGAGGAAAAGUGCGCGGACCAUCGUCAUCAAUCCCGGUGGCCCUGGAGGAAGCGGGACCCAAUUUGCGUUUGUGUCGUCUGAAGAGAUGACAGGGCGUCUCAGCCAGGGCCAAUUCGAUGUUCUGGGCUGGGAUCCCCGUGGGAUCAACAUGUCGCAGCCCAUGCUGGCUUGCUUUCCCUACGAUGCCGACCGAGACCGCUGGAAUCUCCUGACAUCUCAGGCCCUCAAGGAAGUCGGUCGCCCGGAGACGCACUUGCAGCUUCUCGACACCAUGAACGAUGCGACGUUUCGUGCGUGUCACGAGCUGCAUGGGGAUCUGCCUCGGUUCAUGUCUACGGCCUUUGUCGCGCGCGACCUCGAAGAGAUCCGCAAGGCGCUGGGAGAGGACGAGCUGACUGGAUACUUGGUGAGCUACGGCACUCAUAUUGGCCAGGAAUAUGCCAGCAUGUUUCCAUCAAGCGUAGGUCGCAUCAUCCUCGAUGGCGUCGUCAACGCCAGAAACGAGCGCACUCUCGGUGGCUUCACCUGGCACAUGCUGGACAACGUGACGGAUGCUUGGCGAGAAGGUUUCCUAGGCGAGUGCAUCGCUGCAGGCCCGGCGCAUUGCGCGCUGGCCAAGCCACCGACCGGCCAGGACCAACCGGUGACUCUGGACAAACUUCAAGAGCGCUUAGAAUCCUUCAUUCACUCUCUCGCUGAGCAACCGGUCCCGGCUUACACGCCUUCCGGCGGUCCGUCUGUCGUCACCUACUCACAAGUAAUUGCCGCCAUCUUUAAAGCCCUCUAUAAUCCCCGAACCUGGCCAGGCCUGGCGGAAAUGCUAUUCCAGCUAGAGGCGGGCAACUCAACUCUAGCAGCCGAGUUCCUUCAGAAGCGCUGGCAGUACGACCCCGCCCUCCCUUGCUCAUCCGAUGAGAAGAAGCCAACGUCGUAUGAACUGGGGCUUCUGGUCAUCUGCGCAGAUGUGUACGACGCGCCGCGCCCGGCCAACCCCAUCGAGUGGUGGCAAUCAUACUGGAACAACAUCACGGCCAAGUCCUGGAUUGCGGGAGACUCGGGCUUAAGCUACGUUCUCCCUUGCCAGCGGUUCACCGACUACUGGCCCCAAGUCGCCGAGGUCUAUCGUGGCGACUUCAACAAGACCCUCAAAGCGCCUGUGCUUCUUGUUGCUGAGACUCACGACCCAUCCACACCGCUGCGCAAUGCAAGGGAAUUGUUGGCCGAGAUGGGCCUUAGCAACGCAAGACUCAUUGUGCAUCACGGCUAUGGACAUAGCUCUCGGGAUAAGUCCAAGUGUACUGACGACGCCGUGCGCGCUUACAUCCUUGAUGGAGUGUUGCCAAGCGACACGGAGACGGCGUGUUUUGCGGACGAGAAACCGUACAGCUAUGCGGCCGAUAAGUUACAAGCGCUGGAGGAACCGAAGGAUCAGUAUCUCGCGAUUUGGGCUGCACACUUGGACGACAUGGCUAGAUGGAACCUGCGCCUUUAG